GAUUUGUGGGUUUGUCUUUUUUCUCUUCACAUUUCUUCAUUCUUUUUCUUGUUUUUUGUUUUGUAGCUUAUUAUGCAUUCAUGUUUGCUUUCUAGUAUGAAGAAAAAUCAGAAUAGUGCACUAUAUUUUCUUUGUUUCAAUUUAUAUGUUAUAUUUAGUUUGAAUUUCUGAGAGUCAAAACUUUCAAUUUUUUUCAAAAAUUCUGAUAUUAAAUCUUUAAAUUCUUCAAAAUAAAAAUUACAUACGUGAACACUACUUUUUUAAAAAAGUUCACAUGAGAGAAGAUCACGGUCAAAGAAAAACCGGUUUGACUCUUGGAAUCAGAACUCUUAACACAUAAAGUAGAACAGGGAAAAAAAUAUUAUAUAUACAUUUUCUAUUUCUUUUUUUAGAUUUAUAUACAUAUAUUUUAGCUGAUAUGGGCUCAAGUUGGACUCUCCGAAUUGUACAAGAUCCACAUCUGAAUUGUAUAAAUCUGCCUUUUAGGAUUACUAGACAUUUUUCUGGAUAAGGGAAAAAUGAUGAAAUCUUAUAUCCUAUUGAGAGUAUUUCAAUUGAUAUAGGAUAAUCGGUUAAUUAGAGUGCAACAACUAAGCAGAAUUUGAUCCUAGUGGAGAAAAUGAACGGGGCUCGUGUAAAAUGGGAUGAGGCAAAUCUGGGAGAAAUUGAGGCAAAUAAGCCAGUGAGGCAGAAAAUAACUGAACCAAAGACGCCAUAUCACCGUAUGAUCGAUGAUGAUGAUGGAUCUCCAUCUCCGUGGGAUAGUUUUGAGGAGGCAAGUGGUGAUGCAAUACACUCAGAUGACAUGGCUUCUUCCAAUGAAAAUAAAUCCCGGCGCUCUGGCUGGACAUCUUCUGAAGAUGAGCCUGAUAUAAUGGACCAAGAUGACGAAGAUUCUGAUUCAGAAAGGAGCAGGAUCUUUAGGGAGCACAGGCGAGCACACUACGACGAAUAUAGGAAAAUCAAAGAACUACGAAGACAGGGCUCUUCUCUUGAAGGAGCAUCCGAUGAUGAGAUUGAGGAUCUUGAGAAAGGUGACGGUAGGUGUGAUACAACAUCAUCAUUGGCAUCUGCCGCUGAGGACAUUGACAUUGCGGAAGGAAGCACAGACGAUUCUAAAUAGUCCUCUGUCCCAGCCAAUUGAUCAAGGAUCAUCCUGAAAAAGUACAUUAUUUCUAAGGUCGUUAUUACAACCCAUUGUUUGGUUUUCAUUUGUUCACUUUUGCUUGCAAGUUGUACAUAGGCGGUAUUUUACAUAUGGGACAAGCAUCUUCCUUCAGUGGUUGGCAUAAUCUUCUGCUGGAAAAAGUUGUACCUGAUUUCCGUUACCGUUCUUUCACAGUUGUCAUUGUUGACAUGUUUGCUAGCUGAGUCUGCUCUAUGUUCUGGGAUCAAAGUCAUGAAGGUGAUAAGUUUGUGAUGGCUUUGGGCCUUUUCUCUUGAACUGUUUGAUUGAGUUUCUUGAAAUUAUACAAGUUUGUGUACUUCUAUAAA